GCUCUGGGGGUAGCGACUGUACAAAUCCACUGGCUUUACAAGUGAGCUGUGGGCUCUGAAAAUGCUUUCAGCUUUCCAAGCGCAGCUCUCGGGAUGCAGCGGGCACUAGGACCUGCCUGGAGCCUCUACGACCCAGCCCGUAGGGAGCGGAUAAAUAUAGCAGAGCGCCGGUGGCUGCGGGCGGCGCGGCCGUGCCGGCACCGGGAGCCCCGCGCCGCCACCCGAGCGCGGCGGGGCCGGCGGUGCCCCGUGUCCGCCGAUGCUCCAGCUCUGCCAGGUCACGGCCUCGCUGUUCCUGGGCACGGCCAGGGCAGCAUGCGACGAGGAGCUGCUGGCGCGGGAGGGGGUCACCUUCUGCGUGAAUGUCACCCGGCAGCAGCCCUUCCCCGGGCUGCGGCGCGUCCGCGGCAUCCGCGUGCCCGUGUUCGACGACCCGGCCGAGGACCUGUACCGGUGGUUCGAGCCCUGCGGCGCCGCCAUCGAGGAGGCCGUGCGGGCCGGGGGGAAGUGCCUGGUGUACUGCAAGAACGGCCGCAGCCGCUCCGCUGCCAUCUGCACGGCUUAUCUGAUGAGACACCGGCAACUCCCGCUCAAGGACGCGUUUGAGGCUGUGAAAACUGCCAGACCCGUAGCAGAACCAAAUGCAGGAUUUUGGUCUCAGCUGCAGAGAUAUGAAGAAGAUUUGCAGAUACCAAAGCGGUCUGCUCUGCUGAGCAAAGGACUUUAAAAUAGUGAUGUGUGAAGAUACUUUAAAGAAAGUGAAGUGACUUUUUAAAAAAGGAGGGGAAAAUCACUUCCUAAAUCACCUGUAGGUAAAAUGCUUUACCCCCAUAACUGAGUUGAUGGUUCAUUAAAUUCAUUCAGAGCAUUUCUGUUGACAAUGCAUGGAAAGAGGGCAGAUAAGCAGGGAAUAACAGCAGAAACAGAAAAUGGUUGGAAGGACUGUAAACAAACCACAGAAAGGCCUGGAAUCUUCAGCAGUUAUUUUCCUCUGAAUGACAGUGAGGAUGGUAAUGAUGUACUGAACGAGGGAAGAUGUACUGAACACAGGGAUUUUAUUCCUAUUUUUUAAUUAAACUUCUCAGUGAUGCCAUUAGAAGACAUGAUGCCAAACUAAGGAAGUUCUGAAUUUCUCUCUCACCUACUGGAUCAUAAUUCAUUUUAAUGAGCUGACACAUCCUUUGGUGGGAAACUGACAGUGGUUGAUGCUUUGUAUCUGCGAUUUCCCUUAUGUUCAACUAGACCAAAGUACCUUCACAAAUUGCCUAAAAAUCCAGAGGACAGAAUAUACAGGUGAUGGUAAGGACUUCUGCUCUUACCAUGCAGGCUAAGUGCCUUUUCAGCUUUUGAAAUUAUUCUCUAAAACAUCAAAGGAAUGAUUUAAAAAACUGCAGGUGAUAGUGGAGGGAAGAAGAUGACACUGGCAAUGUAGAAGUAAUCACCACUCCUUUUAGCUCUACUUACUAAGUCUAACAGGGCCCAGUUCAUGCCUUAAUGUCUCAGUUUACAAGUCAGGUGUUCCUGCAUGCAAGCAGCAUGGCUAAAUCAUUUCUGCUGAGACUGCUUGCAGGUUGCCCUCUGAAAUUACCUACUGGGCAUGAAACUUCCAGAUCAGACUGCUACGUGUUUAUCACUAGCCAUUCAAAACAGAGUUUUGACAAACUGUAUGAACACAUUUUUAAUUUAAAAGGGACAAGUUAUAGAACCUGAGAACCUGCAGGGUGAAAUUCCAUUCCACCUUGCUGAAAGCAUAAAUACAAAAUAAAGUUACUCACUGCCAUCUGCCUAAGUGCUCACACAAGGUAAACAGUGUGGAGCAGUGGAGUAAUUUAAGGCAAAAAUUCUAAUGAUGGAACAAUGACAGAAAAUCAAACCACCAGGGAAUUAUAUGAAUUAGACAAUUCAGAUGCAGUAUAAGUUCCCAAAGUAAAAGAUUUCUCAAAAUUAAAGUAGUGUUAUUUUAAAAGCUGAAACCAUAGAAAUAAAAAUUAAAAUUUCAGGCUAUCAUUUUCUUAGUUACCACAAGGCAUUUUCACACCAGAUGCUUUCUCCACUCCCAGCUGUGUUUUGUUCAUUCUGUAUUGUUUAUCUUCUGUAUCUGCAUUACAGCAAAUUUGUUGCAGAUCUGCAGAUUUGAAGGUGAUUCUAGUAGAUUUGCUAGAAAAUUUUUGUAGCUUUU